AUGCAACUUUCAGCAAUCUCCUUUUUAGCCCUACUCUGUUUCUUACUGGCGAGUGUAAACAUUGUCGUAGCACAGGAGAGCAGCAGCAACUUGAAAGGAACCAACAGGGUUGAAGGUCGAUUGUCGAGACAAGACGUCAUUGAAAACCAUGAAAGACGUCGCACCCACCUGGCAAAACUUCUUCAGCAAGUCAAAGACAAGGUUGAUGACCAUGAUUCGGGAAGAAAUCUGAUGGAAGACGAAGACUAUGCAAAACAUGCAAGACGAAUUCCAUUGUACGAGCGAAAACUUGAGCGAUUGAACAAGCCAUUGGACGAACGAGAAAUCAAUCGACAACUAGAUCGAGAAAGGAUUCGUUCAGAACGAUACUCCCGACGAUCGGAACUCUAA